AUGACGACGCCCGAGCCACCGCCAUGGUGGACGCCGGAGAUGCCCGCCCUGUGCCAGCGGCGGGCCCCGCUGCCAGAUGUGGCGCGCUGGCAGUCCACCUACGUCAGGUACAAGGGCCAGAGCGAGGGGCAGGUCUGCCAGCAGGGCUGGGAGCAGUCCACCAGCGUGCACAUGCAGGAGCAGCUGGCCAUGGCCGCCAACGGCGGCUUCAACGCCGGGCGCACCACCCUCCACUCGCCCCUCGCGCCGCUGGCCAUCAACAUGCGCAUCGUCACGGCGCCCGCGGAGUUCGCUGUGCCCGUGAAACAGGACAGGCGCCUGACGCCCGACUUCAAGGUGCGCGUGGAGGUGAAGUACAGGGGGCAGGUGUCCUUCCCGCUCACGGUGCGCGCCUACAUCCUGGCACAACAAGAGAAAGAUAACCUGCCGGAGUGGACCCCCGAGGGCGUGACGGACCACGACGGCCAGAGCGAAAGAAAAGGACAUCCUACAGAGCUGAAAGGGACGACAUAUAUCACCCAUCAUUUUGAGGCCAACAUGUCUGGGGGUCUGUCGUCAAGCUUCACGGGCAGCACCAGCACACCUGUCCUCCAGGGCAACAUGGGCACUGUGCACCACGUUGUGCCCUCCACUGUGAUUCAGACCCCGUACGUGAACGCCCAGGGGGACAUGCUACAGCACGAGGGCAUGCAGAUGCGCUACCUCCAGCACCAAAACCCGCAAAUGAUGCCCCAUCAGGCACUGAUCGGCCAGCAGAUGGGCGGGGGGCAGGAAGUGAUCCACCUGGACUCGUCGAACCCCCUGUCACUGACGUCGGGGACGACCGCAAGCGCAGUGCCCUCGCUGGGCGACUUCAGCGAUUCAUCCAACUGGGCCGCGAUGCUUCAGGACUUCUUUCCGGAUGGCGAUGUGGCGGCUGUCUCAGCAGAGUUCAUGCACAAUAUGGAGGCGAACAGUGUGAGCAUCAAGCCGGAACACAUAUCACAACCAGACCAAAAGAUCAUAAUCAGCGAGGCGGUGCUCGAGGAGGAUGGUGUGCUCACCCACGAUUUCGAAUUCUUAAACUUGGAGUUCAUGAAGCCCACGCGCAUGAGCAAGGUGUAUGCUUGCUUUGCAUGCACCGUUCUGGAGCGUGACCUGCUGUAUUGCAUCUUCCACAUCCCCACUGUGGGCAUUUGCCGGGCGGAGCAGCGGAUAAAGGCCUGUGAGAGGCUGAGCAUACCAAGGAGGGUUGUGGAGCAAAGCAAUGGUGCCAACCAGAGUGAACCAAGUGAAGCGACAUCUGGGUACUCGCAGCAGAUGCAGAGCAGGAAACGGAUUGCGGAUGCCUCGGAACGCAGCGAGUCUGCACGGCCAGGUGCCCCCGGUGGCGGCUGGAACAAUGUGAUGGACACGCUGCCGGCCUCGUCUCCCAGCAACACGAUUGGGGGGGACACGAUGCCCCACUCUCGCAACGCCCUCCGGGAAUGGAUCUUGGAGGAGUACGAGAGCCGAGGCUGGAGGCGCAGGUUGACCGAGCUGGACCUCCAGACGCUCGAGUCCCAGGCGGGUUUCCCGGUCGGGGGUGGCGACGUCGAUGUUUCGCCGAUGCAGUGGGAGGAGUUCACAUCGCAGUUCAGGGACGUGCUCAACCUUUUGACGAAGAUCUCGUCAGUUUGGAACCACGAGGACCCGUGCGUGAUAUCAGGCCUGGACAUGGACCGGGGCAGGACUGCACAGGCAUUGGCCAGGGAGCCCCCAGGCACUUUCAUCUGCAGGCUGAGCUGGUCGGAGCCUGGCAGCCUCGUGCUGACAUGCAAGGUCGCACCAGGGACGCCUGCGGCAGAUGGCGAGGGGCUGCUGCAUGUCAUCAUUGGGAUCAAAGAUCUGAACGACCGCCGAGUAGACACCUGGAUUCGUGACUACCCUGCCGCCAGUCACGUCCUGGAUGUCUACACACACAAACGGGUUGACAAGCGUAAGGUGUUUGCGUCCAACUACACCCGGCUGCGGCUGAUGGAUGAGCUCGAGGGCUCGCAGGGUUGA